AUGACGAGUCUUUUCAACGAAAUACUUAGCACAUUGAAGCUCUCCAACACAUGCAGUGUUUCUGUGGGGGCGUCUGUUAUGCGCUUUGUGUCAAGCACCGAAAAGCUCACUGCAAUAAGCACAUGCGACUUUGAGGCAGAGGGCGCGGGAGAGCCUCGCGUGUAUUCCACAGAGUCGCUUGUGGCUGCGAUUUCAGGGUGCAGCGCAAUCCAGGAGGUUGACGAAGCGCUUAUAUUCACGGAGAACACUGCAGCGUACACAAUAGUGAACACCAUACAGCCUCUUCUGUACGAGUUUUGGCCGUGCAGCAUUCCCGAAGAGUGGAGCACAAAAGUGAAUGUCUGCAAGGACGCGUUUAGAAAGUUCAUACACCUCCAGCAGGGCACAAGAACGUCGGUAUACCUGUCGAGCGGGGUUCUGUACUUUUGCACGGAGGACGGGAACAGCACGAACGUGAUGCAGAUAAGCGCGAUAAACAUCGUCCAAGAGGGAACCGAGCGGGUGACUGUGCACUUUGAGCCGCUGAAGUAUCUGGCAGGCCUUCUAAACAUGUGCGAAAAAGUCUCGAUUAUGUACACAAACGAGUGCUUCUCAAUCUUUUUGAUGUUUGAGGGCGAUGUAGCACACCAUAGAGUUGUCUUUAGAGGGGUUGUGUGA